CAGGGUCGGCGCGCGCUGGGCAACUAUCCCGGUAGCUUCCCGGGGAGACACGCUCGUCCGGUCCCCAGGGGCCGGCGAGGCCGCCCACCGCGCGGCGCCGCCCCGAGGUCCCGGGAAGUGGACCCGCGGUUCUCCGGGCCCCAAUUCAAGCCGCGCGCCCGCCCUCUGAGGCCCCAAACCCGCGGAGAGCGCGUGGGGUGGCCGCUAUGGGGUCCCAGCGCGCCCGGGCUUCCUGAGCGGUCCACACAAACCGCACCCGGCCGCCUUCCCGGAACCGCCCACGCCGCGGGCAAGGCGGGGCCGCGGACACCCGGCGGCGCUCCCAGCGCCCCGCUAUCUGCAAUAAUUGCAGCCUCCGCCGCCGCCUGGAGCGAUGCGCCACCCGGAAACCGGUUCCCCCGGGCUCUACCGCAGGCCUUUGAGCCCCUUUUCGCAUCCAUGGGGCUGAGCCGGCUGCCUGAGCCCGAGAGCGUUAGUUCUCAAAUCCAUCAUACGUUGCUGCUACUGUGGCCUGGGUUAGCACCCCUCAUGUGCAAAGACUCAUCACUUCCUCCUGAUUGGGGAAUAUAAAUAAGCCCCUGCUCAAAGCGCACGCUGAGUCUGUGGCUUUAUUUUACUUACCAGUCAUCAGCUUGUUAUGUCAGCCUUGUUAUCUCACCCUGGAUUCUGAUGUAGAAUCACCUUUCUAAACAUCUGUUAUUAUACAGGGCCUCCUUCAAGACCAAUUCAGGUAUGAAAAUUCUUACUAAGGAUUUAUUUGGUGGCAAGUGACAGAAACCCAACUCAAACUGAUCCUGUUCUUCCCUCUAUCAUAUUCUUAAUUAUAAAUCAUGGAGAAUCAAGAUAAAACAAUUAAGCAUGAAGAUUCAGAACCAUCCACAGAGGUGAAUCACACAGCCUCCAGGUGUCAAGUAAUACAGGAGGAAACAGUUAUGAACCCCAGAGGUAUAGAUGGAAAUGAACCAACAGAAGGAAGUAACCUACUGAAUAGCAAUGAAAAAAUGCAAGAAACACCAGCUGAACCAAAUCAUUUGCAAAGACUAAGACAGACAUUUGCUUGCCCUCCACGUGGUUCACUGGAUAGAGUAAUAACAAAUGUUACCAUGGUGGUUCUUCUGUGGGCUGUAGUUUGGUCAAUUACCGGCCCUGAAUGUCUUCCUGGAGGAAACCUGUUUGGAAUUAUAAUCCUAUUCUAUUGUGCCAUCAUUGGAGGUAAACUUUUCGGGCUCAUUAAGUUACCUACAUUACCUCCACUGCCUCCCCUUCUGGGCAUGCUGCUUGCUGGGUUUCUCAUCAGAAAUAUCCCUGUCAUCAGUGAUAACAUACAGAUCAAGCACAAGUGGUCUUCUGCUUUGAGAAGCAUAGCCCUGGCUGUCAUAUUGGUUCGCGCUGGCCUUGGGCUUGAUUCAAAUGCCCUGAAGAAGUUGAAGGGUGUUUGUGUAAGAUUAUCCCUGGGUCCUUGUCUUGUGGAGGCAUGUGCAUCUGCUCUUCUUGCCCACUUCCUCAUGAGUUUACCAUGGCAAUGGGGAUUUAUGCUGGGUUUUGUUUUAGGUGCUGUAUCUCCAGCUGUCGUGGUGCCUUCAAUGCUCCUUUUGCAGGAAGGAGGCUAUGGUGUUGAAAAAGGAGUCCCGACCUUGCUCAUGGCUGCUGGCAGCUUCGAUGAUAUUCUGGCCAUCACUGGCUUCAACACCUGCCUGGGCAUGGCCUUUUCCACAGGCUCCACAGUUUUUAAUGUCCUCAAAGGAGUUUUGGAGGUGGUAGUUGGUAUGGCAACUGGAUUGCUUCUUGGAUUUUUUAUUCAGUAUUUUCCAAGCAGUGACCAGGACAAGCUCGUGUGGAAGAGAGCAUUCCUGGUCUUGGGGCUGUCUGUGCUGGCUGUGUUCAGCAGCAUGUAUUUUGGUUUCCCUGGGGCAGGAGGACUGUGCACACUGGUCCUGGCUUUCCUUGCAGGCAAGGGAUGGGCCAGCGCAAAGGCAGAUGUUGAAAAGGUUAUAGCAGUUGCCUGGUUCAUCUUUCAGCCCCUUCUUUUUGGACUGAUUGGAGCAGAGGUAUCCAUUACAGCUCUCAGACCAGAAACUGUAGGCCUUUGUGUUGCCACCCUGGGCACUGCAGUAGUGAUACGAAUUUUGGCUACAUAUCUGAUGGUGUGUUUUGCUGGUUUUAACUUUAAGGAAAAGAUAUUUAUUUCUUUUGCAUGGCUUCCAAAGGCCACAGUCCAGGCUGCAAUAGGAUCUGUGGCUUUGGACACAGCAAGAUCACAUGGAGAGAAACAGUUAGAAGGAUAUGGAAUGGAUGUGUUGACAGUGGCAUUUUUGGCCAUCCUCAUCACAGCCCCAAUUGGAAGUCUACUUAUUGGUUUGCUAGGCCCCAGACUUCUCCAGAAAGCUGAACAUCAAAAUAAAGAUGAAGAAGAUCAAGGAGAGACUUCUAUACAGGUUUAGAGGUGAAAAGAGAGAAUGCUGAAUAUAGGCAUCAGAAAGCUGCUCUUGGAGGCUACUUUUAUCAACUAGCAGAGGCUACUUUUAUCCAUAUGGAUAUUGACAUAUGUAAUGUUUAAGCUUAAAAUGUACUAGAACCGA